CGCUGGAGGGCCUUUCCCAGCGCCUCCGCCCAGCUCCUAAACGCCUCAACUCUGUCGCGACGCCCUGGGCCGACUCCGGUUUGGGAGUGGUCGGAUGCAGAAGAAUGAAAAGUGUUCUCUGAGCGGUUCCAUCCCCCGCCCCACCGCAUUGGAAGGCAAAGGCCGGGCAAGGAGUGAGCUCUACGCACGCGCAGCGCGGCCACGUGGAGCCGGCGCCGGGGCAGACAUUCUGAAGACAGGAGGAGCUAAUGCCCAGAGCUUCUAACUCUCCCCUGUGAAGGAUUUUUCAGUAUGGCUGCAGCCCCACAAGCUCCAGGGCGGGGCUCCGUGCGGAAGACGAGACCUCCACCAGUGAAGACGUCGCUGAACAACCCGUACAGCAUCUGCUGGGGCGCCCUGGACAGGGAGGACAUGCACUUCAUACUGCACACCCUGGAGGACAGAAUUCAGUCUCUUGGGCUUCAGAAGAUUGAGGAUAGGAAGAGAAAGAAAAAGCAGCCCCCUUUGAAAAAACAAAGCGGAGACAUGAGCAGCAUAGACGUGGACACUGGUGAGGAUCUGAAGAAAGAAAAGCCCAAAGGUGAUGCCCCAGUGUCAGGGUGGACCCCGGCUGAUGUCAGGAAGCAGCUUGCUAUUGGCAUCAACGAGGUCACCAGAGCGCUAGAGAGGAACGAGCUGCUCUUGGCCUUGGCGUGUAAGUCUGCCAAGCCAGCCAUCGUGACCUCACACUUGGUGCAGCUGAGUGUCAGCAGAGGUGUCCCCGCCUGCCAGGUGCCCCGGCUCAGCGAGAGGCUCGCACCUGUCCUGGGCUUAAAAUGCGUCCUGGCCUUGGGGUUCAAGAGGAACACCACUGCCUUUGGGGAGGAACUGAGGGCCAUCCUCCCCAGAGUCCCCCGUCUGAAUGUGGCAUGGCUCCGGGAUGCACUUGAAGACCCCAGGGAGAACCUGCAGACAGAAUCUUUGGAAAGCCAAGAUGAAGAGAUUCUGGACACUUCCUUUGAAGACCUCUCUAAACCCAAGAGAAAGCACGCUGAGGGUCAGCAGGCUGUAGUGUUACAACCCCUGAAAAUAAAGAAACUGAUUCCAAACCCCAAUAAGAUAAGAAAACCACCCAAAAGUAAAAGAACUGCUUCAAAGUAAUCUUGUAUAAACCUGUCACUUGAUACAGUUGUAAACGACACCUCAUUAAGCCGCCUUGACAUGAAUAAAAUGACUUUUACAUAUA